AUGGCCAACGGACAGAAUAAUCCAAUUAUUCAAGUGAACGAAGAAGUAGUGGUUAAUGAAGGAAACAUGCUAGUUGGGGACUUUAUGACCCCACAAAUUAUUCAAAGCCAAUCUAGCAUCGUUUAUCCUCCGUUUGGACAACCAAACUUUCAGCUGAAGACCAACGUCAUUCAUUUAUUCCAAAAUGGACAUCAAUUUUAUGGCAGGUCCGAUGAAAAUCCACAUACACAUGUCUCCCGAUUUUUAGAGAUGUGUCAAAACUUUAAAUAUCAAGGGAUUUCAGAUGAUGCAAUCAAAUUGAGAUUAUUUCCACAUACUCUAUGGGAUAGAGCGCUUGAAUGGUUAGAUUCAAAACAUAUUGCUAGUAUCACCACUUGGAAUAACUUGGCUAAAAAAUUUUGCACUAAAUUCUUCCCACCGGCUAAGAUUACGAAGUUGAAGUAUGACAUAUCCAUAUUUCGGCAGGAAGAAACCGAAUCCUUUGAUGAAGCUUGGAAUAGAUUCAAGAACAUGCUUCGAAAGUGCCCUCAUCAUGGCAUCAGCAAAGGGCUUCAGGUCCAAUAUUUUUAUGCAGGUCUACUUCCAUCUUAUAAAAGUAUGGUGGACUCAUCAUCCAAUGGCUCCUUAUCCACAAAGAUAAUUGAUGAAGCUUUGGAGUUGUUUGAGAGAGUGGCUACUACCACAGCCAUGUGGGCCUCUGAGCGUGUUGUUAACAAGAAAGCAGAGAGCAUGUCACAGUCAGCCAAUGUAGUACAGGCUAAAAGAGCAAGUUGUAAAGAAUGUGGGGCGGAUCACAGUACAGUAAAUUGUCCAAUUCGUAUACAAGGUACGGAACACAUUGAUUUCAUACAAGGGGGUCAGCGCCAACAAAAUAAUCCAUAUUCUGACACAUACAAUCCUAGUUGGAGGAAGCACCCGAAUUUUUCCUGGAGCAAUCAGAAUCCCACUGCACCACAUGGUUCUCAGUUUCAGCAAGCAGAGAAGAGAACUUCCUUGGAAGAAAUGUUUGGUAAAUUCAUGGAAAAGACAGAUCAGUACAUGGAUGCGAAUAAUCAAUUUAUGAGGAAGACUGAGACAACUAUCUAG